UUGACCUCUCCAUCUCUAUCUCCAUCUUCGACACACAAAAAAGCGCUCCAAAAAGAAAAAAAAAAGGCAACACGUAAAAAUUAAUGGGCAGAGGAGCGGGUGGUAAUAACAACAAUCAUCAUCAUCACCAUUACUCAUCAGCCUCUUCUUCUUCUUCCUCUUCUCCUUCUUCCUCUCUGUCCCGCCACAUGAGGAAGGCACUCAGCACGGAUCUCAGGCUCGGCCUCAGCCUCUCCGCCGGCAGGCCCGCCGCCGCCGCGGAUGAGGAAGAGGUAAUAAUGGAUGAAAGGUACGGAGGAGGAGGGCAUGGGCGCGGCGGCUGCGGCGGUGCUACUUUCUUCGUGAAGGUGUACAUGGAAGGGAUUCCGAUCGGGAGGAAGUUGGAUUUGUGGGCUUAUGGUUGCUACGAGGACAUGAUCACCACUCUUGAUGACAUGUUCGGCACCAACAUUCUCUGGAACGAGAACAACUAUAAUCAGCAGCAGGUGCAGUACCACGUCUUGACUUACGAGGACAAGGAAGGAGAUUGGUUGAUCGUCGGGGAUGUUCCCUGGGAGAUGUUUGUGUCAAGCGUGAAGAGACUGAAGAUCACAAGAGCAGACAGCUUGUGAUUGAUUAAGUAAGGUCCUGGUUUUCCUUCCCCCGGCAACGUGCGUACAAACAAAAUAAGAAAGAUUUUUGUUUGGGCUAUUUUGUAAAAUUUAGGAAUGCUGGUCUCUCUCUCUCUCUCUCUCUCUCUCUCUCUCUCUCUCUCUCUCUCUUUUUGGUAUUUUUGUUUCAUUAUCUGUAUGUAUAUUUUGAAGCUUUGUUAAAGGAAAUAUGGUAGCCUUUUGCUCUGCUUGCAUCAGAUUCCGAACCGGGAUAUUAUUAGCCUGCAAAAGAGUAAAUGGACUACUGCCCUUAUUUGGGAGACAUUUUUCUGGGGGGGUGGGGAAAUUGGUUUGGUGCGUCUCCCUGCGACAAUUUCAGGUCCUUUAAUCGAGCGUAGCAGACAGUGCUAUUCAAUUGGUAUAGGCUGCGGUCUCCUGGCUGCCGUCACUACUGUGUCUGCGCUGUCAGUCAAUAAUUUUGAUCGACGAUGAAUGGUCGAGAGAAGUGAUCCUUUCUUGUAGCGUCGUUUAAUUUUAUGAUAAUAUACGAACACCCUCCAUCCUGUCGUGAUUUUUGUAUGAAUAAGAACUCCAUUGUCGUUGGGAAAUGAUGGUCAUUCCACCCUUUUGUGGUGCGGGGCUGACCCCUUUGCUAUUCGAAAUAGGGUAUCGGGUACCAUUGAAGUCGCCAAAAAGGUGUAUCCGUCUAAAUUUUCAUCAAACCAAACUAUUAAUUACCUUUUGGUACCCAAAAAUAAUAUUUCAACAACUGUUACCUAGUAUAAAAAUUAGAAAACCUGUUAAGCAUAGUAUUACUAGAAUGACUAAUGAAAAUUUUUCAAUAAAAUAAAUAAAUAAUAAAUGAAUAUCAAGAAGGAAUAAUAAAUAUACUAAAAGAUAAUAAUAAAUAUUUAAAAUCAACAUUAAAAGAUCUAUAUAACCCCUAAUCCGAAAAGAAAUACCACUAAAAACAGUUAACACAAAACCUAUUCGACUAUCAAUACGUCAAGACCAAAGAAGGAUAAAUAUAGAAAAGAAAAUAUGAAUGUAGGAAGAGAAUUAGAAUUGGGAAAUUUAACUAAUAUGAAAUAUUUACAAUAUAAUAUUAGAGAAUUAACAGGAGAUUUAACAUGGAAAAUUAGACAACGUCAAUUGGAUGUAAGACAACUAAAUAUAACAUACUCAGAUUAUUUAUAUCGAGACAUAAUUCAUAGUAUAUAUUUGUUUUGGAAAAUAACUCAAUCAUUAGAACACAUAUGAUAAUUGAAAAUCUUUAUAAUGAUAAUUGAUUCUAAAUUUCCUAUUCAAAGACUGAUUUGGUUUCAGAGUCAAAACAGGAUUCCAACUAAACAAUAAAAAAAUAAAGUUUUGCAUAAGUCCAAAUGAUUUUUUAAAUAAGAAAAUUAGAAGGACCAAUUCUGAAAUUUAUAAAAUGAAAUAUUCUGUCAACUUUAAUGGAAUGCACGUAACAGUAAAUUUAAGUGGUACUGUGUGCACAUAUAAUAGAGUUCAGUGGCACGCGAUGCCUUAUUCUACUUAAGAGGUAUAGCUCUCUCAAUUCUCAUACUUUAAUGGUAACCGAUGUAUUUUACCCAAAAAAGAAGCAUUAUAGGUAUAAUAUGCUUUUGGACCUAUGGUGACUUGCAAGUCACCAUAACUUAGAAAAAAUGAUCGACCUCUUCCAUUAAGUUGUCGACCACUGUCAAAGAAAAUGGUCGACCUCUUCCACCAAGUGCUCUACCACUUGAGUCAACUGAUCUACCAUUUCCGGAAAUAGGUCGACCUAAUGACACACUUACCUUCAAGUGGUUGACUUCUUCCACCAAAUGGUCGAUCACUUUCCAAGAAAAUGGUAUACCACUCCCACCAAGUGAUCCACUACUUGAGUCAACCGGUCUACCGUUUCCAGAAAUGGGUCGACCCGAAGACACACUUACCUUCAAGUGUUCGACCUCUUCCACCAAGUGGUCGACCAAUUUUCAAGAAAAUGAUCUAUUCACU